AUGAUCGACAACAAAGAAAUCGUUCUCAUCACUGGUGCCAACACUGGUAUCGGCUUUGAGACUGUCAAAGUUCUCUUCAAUUCUUCAAAGCCUUACCAUGUUCUCCUCGGAAGUCGUGAUCCUGCCAAAGGAGAGAAGGCUGUCGCUGAACUAGAGCGCGAAUGUCCUAGCUCCAAGAGCAGUGUGGACGUUGUUCAGAUUGACAUCACUGAUGAUGAGGCUAUCGAGAAGCUUUUCGAACUUGUGAAGGAAAAGUUUGGGAGGGUUGACAUUCUCGUCAACAACGCUGGCGCAAAUUUUGACGCAUUCAACGAUGCCACCGAUCCUAAGAAAGCUCGUGAGCUCUUCAACAAGUCCUAUGAUGUCAACGUCUCAAGCACACAAGUUAUGACUUCAGCAUUCAUCCCUCUCCUCCUUGCCUCGCAAUCCCCACGCCUCCUCUUCCUGACCUCUGGCCUUGCGACCCUCGAAGGCGCACACAAGUCAUACCUAACCAAGCUCGCGGGCAACGUUCCCCAGGGCUGGCCUAAGGAAGGAAUCCGUACAGCUGUGGCUUAUCGAUCAUCCAAGACCGCUCUCAACAUGAUGAUGCUAUCAUGGCACCAUCUUCUUAAGGGCGAUGGUGUCAAAGUCUGGUCAAUCAGUCCUGGGUUUUUGGCAACAAGCCUUGGAGGAAACCCUGAAGUGCUGAAGAAGGCUGGGGCUGGUGAUCCAGCGACUGGUGCGGAGCUCAUCAAGAAUGUUAUUGAGGGUAAGGGGGAUGAAGAUGUUGGAAAGGUUAUCGGACAGCCUGAGUGGGUUGGGGAGUCUGGAAUCCAGGCAUGGUAG